AAUAAAUUUUUAGCAAUGAAUAUUUCAAGAGCAGUCUCUUUUAAAGUGAGUUAAGGAAAGGUGACAAUGGGCGAUCAAAUUAAAAAGUGCCCGAAUGUGUACGAAGCCCCUGAUGGUGGCUGGGGAUAUUUUAUAUGUAUUGCUACUAUAUUAAUCUUUAGUCUAACUUCAGGAUUUAUAGGAUGCUUCGGUAUGUUAUACGCUGAAUUUAUAGAGAAACAAGAAAUUGGAUCGGCAGCUGUAGUACUUAUCAUGAGUACUAAUGCCAUGAGUCUAGCAGUUGCAGGAUUUCUAACCAGUCCUUUACUAAAAGUGUUGAAAUUUCGCCAACUAGCUUUCGUUGCUAGUUUCGUUUACAAUGCUGGAUGUGUGGGACUCGUCUUUGUAAAUUCCAUUAUUCCAUUCUUUAUUUGCAUGGCUCUGCUUCAGGGACUAGGAUUUGGCAUAUUAUUCAAUUUGGCGUGCACUAUUAUCAAUGAAUAUUUUGUGAAAAGGCGGUUCUUAGCUAUGGGAGUAGUACAAGCAAGUACAGCCAUAAUUACCAUGAUAAUACCAAUACUAUUGAAUUUCACAUUAAAUUUCUAUGGAUACAGCGGAACUCUAAUGAUUGUAGCAGCGCUAAGUAUGAACAUAUUUGUCGCUGUUAGUUUAAUGCAGCCCGUCAAAUGGCAUAUGAAGAUGGUUAAAGUACCACAAGAAGACGAAGAAGGGAAAAUUCUUCUCUUAAAAGAUCAGAAAAAUGAAAGCGAUGGUAUACCAACAAUUAAGAUAGUUGAUUCAGAGCCACUUUCCUCUAUUGUACGUGAAAAUAUAAUGAAUGAGGAAAAUAUUGAACGAGCAAUAAAAGACAAAGAUUCAGUGUUAAAGAAAAUCUUAAAAGAAAUGUUCGACGCUUAUCUGCUGAAGUCUUAUUUGCCAUCGUACGCUUGUUUGGGCAUGAUAAUGGCAAUGUUCGCAGACUUUGUAACAAGCGUUACAUUACCCCAGUCCCUGUUCGCGUCUAACUGGUCUAAAGAAGACGCAGCUUUCGGAAUUUCAAUGAUGACCUUUGGGGAUCUGGCUGCACGUUUGUCCUUCAUUGUCUUUAGUAAAUACAUAAAAAUUGAAAAUAAGGAGCUGCAUAUGAUUGGGAUUGUCAUCGCUAUUAUACCACGAAUAGGUUUGCUUUUAACAAAAAACGUAUACGCAGUCUUAGUGCUACUGUGUAUCAUGGGAACAUCCCGAUGCUUCAUACUUACCCUGGUACCCCUUAUCGUAGCUGACGCUGUACCCAAAGAGAAGUUCACCGCGGCAAUGGGAAUGUUCAUGAUGACAUUUGGCAUAGCCAGUUUAACUUUGGGAACGGCUGUAGGCGCCUUGAGGGAUGUUACUGGCAGUUAUGAUACAAUAUUCUGGAUCUCUAUUAUAUUCCUCGUCUUCACUAUUACACACGGAUUGCUAGAGACUUAUUGUGUGAAACGUCACAAGAAGAAAUGUCAAAAGAAAUGAUAGCAUUAGAUUACUUUGAUAUUUUGAUUUAUGACUUUAUUUGUAAAUAUUCUGCAGCGUGCGUUGUUGUGAGUGUGUUUUUGUAAGAAGUCACUCUAUCACUUCAGCUAGAUGUUGUAGGAGGUGAGUUAAGGCAAAACAAAAUCUAAUCCAUCUAUUUCCAAAGUGUGUGUUUGUUACGUUGGUGAAAGACUUUUUUACAAAGCAUGUAACCAUUUUUGGCAUGUAGCCUCUUCCUCAUUAUCGAGGCUGCAAUAUGGUGUUUAUUACACAGAUUUAGCAAAGUAACGAUUAGAUUUUUUGUAAAAUUAUUAUAAAUUUGGAUGCCACAAUAUAGUGUUUCUAAAUUGAUGGAAAAACAAUAAUUGUUCUCAAUAAAAUUCUUGUUAUUUGUGAAAUUUGUUUAAUUACACACAACAUUAUCAAAAGUGGUUAUUUACUAUAUUAAGGAUAAAAUUUAUAACUAUCUAAGUGAAAAGACAACAAGCUGAAUUAUAUUUAAUUUUUAGACUUAGAAAGUAAGGGUAUAAAUACUCGUUGUUCUCAAAUAAACCGAUAUUAUUACAACUCCU